AAAGGCCACACCUUUAUAUAUGUACUUGUGUGGAUUAUGAACCGUGAAUACAUCAAUUAAGUUAGGUCAGUGGGCACAUAAUAGAAAAAUAAAUGAACAAGUUGACUUUUAUUGGUUGGUGCGAUACAUUCAUAUGCAUAUUGAAGUCUCUUUAUUGUGUCACAUAUUAUUAUUUAAGCAAAUAAAAGGUUCGUGCUCCCAAUGUCAUAUCCAACAAGUAAUUCAAGAUGCCUACAAAUUUCGUGAGAUUCUUUGUUCUACUCAUUAUCUUUUUGGGUUUCUCAUAUUUUCUCUCUACCUCUGCUAUCCCUGCAACAAGAACCCAAAAUUUGAAAUGCGAAGAUGCAUCAACUCUACCUUCUUUAGCUAAGGUGGGUAAUAAUUAUGGUGAGGAAGUGGUGCUAGUUCAUAUGGACGAAGGAUUUACUGAAAGGAGGAUCGAUUUGGAAAUACAAGACUAUGAUGGGACAGGAGCAAAUAGAGAUCAUGAGCCAAAACCCCCGAGAAGGAUUUAAUCCCUAAAUAACAAUCCCAUUAAAUAUAUAUAUGUUUAUUGUCUUUCUCGUGUAUAAGUAAAAUAAUGGAAUAAUAUACAUGCAUGUCGCACCCUUUCAUUUACUUAAUUAUAUAAUAUGUUUGCUAUUUCAUUUUUAUUCAAAAAAACAAAAAUAUGAUUAUGUAACUGAGUUGUUAUUUUUAAUAAGAGACUACAAGACUUUCGACACAAUA